CCAGCGGCCGCAUCUCCCGAGGCCGGCGGCAAGCGUGGGAACGCGGGCAGGAAGGCGGGCGGCGAUCCCGGCGCGCACGGCGGCAGGAUGUGUGACCGGAAUGGAGGCCGGCGGCUUCGGCAGUGGCUGAUUGAGCAAAUUGACAGCAACAUGUACCCAGGGCUGAUUUGGGAGAAUGACGAGAAGAGCAUGUUCCGGAUCCCUUGGAAACACGCUGGCAAACAAGAUUACAAUCAGGAAGUAGACGCCUCCAUUUUCAAGGCCUGGGCCGUUUUUAAAGGAAAAUUUAAGGAAGGGGACAAAGCUGAACCAGCCACGUGGAAGACAAGGCUACGCUGUGCUUUGAACAAGAGUCCAGAUUUUGAGGAAGUGACAGACCGGUCCCAGCUGGACAUUUCUGAGCCAUACAAAGUUUACCGCAUCGUCCCCGAGGAAGAGCAAAAAUGCAAGUUAGGCGUGGCGACCUCUGGCUGUGUGAAUGAAGUCACGGACAUGGAGUGCGGUCGCUCCGAAAUUGAUGAGCUGAUCAAGGAGCCUUCUGUGGAUGAUUACAUGGGGAUGGUCAAAAGGAGCCCUUCCCCUCCUGAGGCCUGCAGGAAUCAUCUCCUCCCAGACUGGUGGAUGCAGCAGCCCAGUGCAGGCUUGCCACUGGUGCCGGGGUACACCACCUAUGAUGCUCACCAUUCAGCCUUCUCCCAGAUGGUCAUCAGCUUCUACUACGGGGGCAAGCUGGUGGGCCAGACCACCACCACUUGCCCCGAGGGUUGCCGCCUGUCCCUGAGCCACCCGGGUCUGCACAGUGCCAAGAUGUACGGGCUCGAGGGCCUGGAGGUGGUGCGCUUCCCGCCAGCUGACACCAUCCCCAGCGAGCGGCAGAGGCAGGUCACUCGGAAGCUUUUCGGGCACCUGGAGCGUGGCGUGCUGCUGCACAGCAGCCAACAGGGCAUACUGGUCAAGCGGCUGUGCCAGGGCCGUGUGUUCUACUGUGGCAACGCUGUGCUGUGCAAGGAUAGGCCCAACAAGCUGGAGCGUGAUGAGGUGGUCAAGGUCUUCAAUACCAGCCUGUUCUUCCGAGAGCUGCAGCAGUUCUAUAACAACCAGAGCCGGCUUCCCGACAGCAGAGUUGUGCUGUGCUUCGGAGAAGAGUUUCCAGAUAUGACCCCCUUGCACUCCAAACUCAUUCUCGUUCAGAUUGAACAACUCUACGUCCGGCAGCUGGUAGAGGAGGCGGGGAAGAGCUGUGGUGCUGGGUCCAUGAUGCAGGCACCCGAGGAGCCCCAGCCAGACCAGGUCUUCCGGAUGUUUCCAGAUAUUUGUGCCUCGCACCAGAGACCCUUUUUCAGAGAAAACCAACAGAUCACAGUUUAAGCCACUCUCUUGGGCACCCCACCCCGCCCACAUCUCGAAUUUCAUUAUUACAAUUACUGUUGUAAUUAUUUAAGGAUGCGGAGCCCUCUGACCUGGGGUGGGACGCCUCAUUCUGCUCUUAAUUUAGUAAGGGCAUUCUCUGAGGCCUUGCCAUGUGAAACAAAGCCGCAUCACGAUUCUACUCUUCAGAUAUAAACAUUGAAACUGGCAUGGAUGCUGUAACUAGAAUCUGUGAUUACAGCAUUUAUUUCCUGCAUUUUCCCUGUAAUUCUCAUUAGUUGCUAUGAUUCUUUCAGCAUUUUGGGAUAAUUGAUAUUUCCAAACACUGGGCAUUUGAUUCAACUAGCUCAUCUCUGCUUCCAGCACAGAAAUUUGGAGAUGACCUAGUGAAAAAAAAAAACGCUUUUCAUCUUUAUCUUUUGUUAAGAGCUCUAAAUCUAUGACUUCAUGUGCUUGAUUCCAUGUGAAGUAUCUUUUUAUUUUUAAGCAUGUUAACAAGAUUUGAAAAUACUUAGAUACUUAGCCUCCCUUUAAUAAGUGAAAAUAAAACUUUUGUGAGGAGAAUGUCUAUUCUCCCCAGAAUUUGGUGCUAAGAAAGCGUUUCCAUCACAAGGUGAACUUGUGUAUUUUUACUUUCAGACCAUGAAAAAUUUCCCUUUGGCCCUUGUUGCCAGGGAGCUGAGAGCCAAAUUUAUUUUUUCAUUUUUUAAAAAUUAAAUCAACCCCAAAUA